AUGAAUUCUUUGAUUUUGACAACUUCUUCGAUAUCCCCUCGUUAUGUCGACAGUAACCCGACCUCGGUCAACUCAAUCUCCCCCAAGGACUUGGACCUGACCUACAACGACCUAGACGGGUCAAAUUGGGAUUCAGGACUCGACCUGUGCACUCAAUUUCCAUUCACCGACUUUGUCAACCACGAACCAUCAUUCCAGGAAUACUACGGAGGCGCCGCGAAUGCCGAGCCAGUGGUAGAUCCCAAUGAUAUCCUUCAACUUCCGUCAACUUCACCAAGUGAAGUCUUCGUUGGAUCCGGUUUUGACAGUGCCUGGCUGCCAGGUGCACACGGUUAUGAUGACCAUUGCUAUUCGGCCAUCCGGCAUAUGGUAGAGUCGCAAGCGGCGGUGGACCCGAGCUGUUCAUCCAAGAAAGAAAAGCGGCGAGAAGCAGCCAUAGCCUUACAUCUACAGCGCUUGCAAGAUGCCCCGCUUCCCGAGAUGGAUAUGUCUUCGGAUUCAAAUACCAGCUUCCCAUCGCCUCCGUGGAGUGUUUCCCAUGAUGCUCCAUGCGCCAGCCCUGCGACUACUUCAUUAUCCGAUUCAACCGGCAAGUCGCCAACGCCUCCCUCCGCCGACACAACGCCUGGCGGGAUUGAACUGGUCUUGGAUCUUAACAUGAACACGCCGGCCAAUCUACCGAGGAAGCAGAAACCUCGAUCACGGGCUCAAAAAGAGAAUUACAUCAAAGUUCGAAAACAUGGUGCCUGUGAAAAACAUCGAAAACAGCAUAAGAGGUGCAAUUGCCUUGACAUCAAGGGCGUUCAUCUCAAUGUCAACAGCAUCGCUCUUUCUCCUACUUCCGCGGUGCUUGACUCGACUAGACAGAUUAAUCUGUCUCACGCACGGCCACGCCAUGUUUCACUACCUAAACAGACACCGCCCGGUGUCCUUCCCCCGCAUGUGGAAGCUCCAAAGACCGUGCUUUGGAAGCACAGGGAGAGAGAUGUUCGUUCCUCCCCACAGGACAAUUUCUCGGUCACUGCGCCUUCACCAUUGGAUGUGUACCAUGGAAGGCGCUCACCGGUUUCUCUUUCAAAGCCUGUGGAGGCCGCAAACACGGGACAACCCAGACCACAGGUGUCCCAGUCUUACAGGUCGACAACUCCUUGGCGUGGUGUCGACCAGACUCCUUCAGUUCCUGGCCGCCUGAUGUCGCCAAAGCAGAAGCUGCUUGUAACGACCUCGAAGCAACAAUCUGUCCUGGAACGGGAGAGCUGUCCCAGAUCUACCGUCAAUCGCGUGCCAAGCGCUUUGCCUCAGACUAUUACUUGGCGUCUCAGCCCUGUUACAAAGACAGACAAGGAAGGUUCACUUUGCAUCGAGUCUACAAGGGCGAAGAUGAACUCUCCGUCACUUCAAUCUGUAUCUACCAAUCGCUCGUCGACUGGUGGAAGCCAAGAAUUGCGUAUUGCGCAGACUAUUUCUACUGUCGCAAGCCAACAAGCCUCGGCCGGAAAAUACUGUACCGCGCUCGGCAAGUCUGCUACCACAGCAAUUUUCAACACUGGCCUCGCAUUUGCCGGCUUUUGGCAAACUAUGGGAUCGGUUAUUUCAUCGGCCGGGGGCAUAUUUGGCAGUCUCGCUGUCUUUGCUUCCAAGCAACAUUGGUUUGCUAGGAAGGGACUGGGGUUAAUUUAA